UCUUCUUCCUGAUCUCAAACACAGGUAGCUCCACGCUGAGCACAUGUUUCCUUGUUCCCUCCAACUCACAGAAGUCUGAAGGAAGGAAACAAAAGAUUCAAAGUUCAGUUUUGAGUCUGAGCAGACAGACUUCAUAUUUCUGUUCAGAGAAACUCUCAACCAGUCACUGCCAGGAGGUGAAAUGGCGCAGAAAAGAGUCAAGCUGGACUGGGAAAGCUUCUCUUGUUCGAUCUGUCUGGAUCUACUGAAGGAUCCGGUGACUACUCCAUGUGGACACAGCUACUGUAUGAACUGUAUUAAAGCACACUGGGAUGGAGAGGAUGGGAAGCAGAUCUACAGCUGUCCUCAGUGUAGGGAGACUUUCCCACUGAGGCCUGUCCUGAUGAAAAACACCAUGUUGGCAAAUUUAGUGGAGGAAAUGAUGAAGACUGAAGAACUCCAAGCUUCUCCUGCUGAUCACUGCUAUGCUGGAGCUGAAGAUGUGGCCUGUGAUGUCUGCACUGGGAGAAAACUGAAAGCCCUCAAGUCCUGUCUGGUGUGUCUGGUCUCUUACUGUGAUCAACACCUCCAGCCCCAUUAUGAAUUACCUAUAUUUAAGAAACACAACCUGGUGGAGCCCUCCAAGAAUCUCCAGGAGAACCUCUGCUCUCUUCAUGAUGAGGUGAUGAAGAUUUUCUGCCGUACUGAUCAGCAGUGUAUCUGUUCUCUAUGCUCUGUGGAUGAACAUAAAGGCCACGACACAGUCUCAGCUGCAUCAGAAAGGAUUGAGAAGCAGAAAGAGCUCGAGGGGAGUCAACAAAACAUCCAGCAGAGAAUCCAGGACAGAGAGAAAGAUGUGAAGCUGCUUCAACAGGAGGUGGAGGCCAUCAAUCACUCUGCUGAUAAAGUAGUGGAGGACAGUAAGAAGAUCAUCACUGAGCUGAUCCGUCUCAUGGAGAAAAGAAGCUCUGAUGUGGAGCAGCAGGUCAGAUUCCACCAGGAAAGUGAAGUGAGUCGAGUCAAAGAGCUUCAGGAGAAGCUGGAGCAGGAGAUCACUGAGCUGAAGAGGGAAGACGCUGAGAUGAAGAAGCUCUCACACACAGAGGAUCACAUCCAGUUUCUACACAACUACUCCUCACUGUCACCACUCAGUGAAUCUACAUCCAGCAUCAAUAUCCGUCCUCUGAGCUACUUUGAGGAUGUGACAGCGGCUGUGUCAGAGGUCAGAGAUAAACUACAGGACCUUCUGACAGAGACAUGGGCUAACAUCUCCCAGGCUGUGACUGAAGUGGAUGUUUUACUGUCACAACCAAAGCCCAAGACCAGAGCUGACUUCCUUAAAUAUUCACGUGAAAUCACACUGGAUCCAAAUACAGCACACACACAGCUGAUAUUAUCUGAGGGGAACAGGAAAGCUACAUUAGUGGGGCAACAACAGCGCUAUUCUAGUCACCCAGACAGAUUCACUAAAGAGUUUCAGGUCCUGAGUAGAGAGAGUCUGGCUGGACGUUGUUACUGGGAGGUGGAGUGGAGAGGCGAAGUCAUUUAUGUAGCAGUCUCAUACAAGAAUGUCACCAGAGCAGGCAGCUCGAAUGCAUGUAGAUUUGGAUGGAAUGAAAAAUCUUUGGCAUUAAGAUGUGACAAUAACAGUUAUAAGUUUUUGUACAACAAAGUCAAAACUCAUGUCCCAGGUCCUGUAUCCUCCAGAGUAGGAGUGUACCUGGAUCACAGGGCAGGUACUCUGUCCUUCUACAGAGUCUCUGACACCAUGACUCUCCUCCACAGAGUCCAGACCACAUUCACUCAGCCUCUCUACGCUGGACUGUUGCUUCACUCUUCUUCUUUUGGAGACACAGCUGAGUUGUGUAAAUUCAAAUAGACAGAAGUCAUUAAAGGGUAAGAUUCUUUUUUAACUCUUAAACUUAUUUUGUCCCCAUGUUUGUUGCUGAGAGCUGAUUGUGGUGGCAUUUCUUCACUGCACAGAGAUCAGCUGUCAAUCAAACAUUAUGGGAUGUACUUUGACCUCUUCAUAUCAGUUGUGUUGUGUAAAUGUUUGAGUUUCUUUAGGUGACUCUCCUUCCUGUGUCUGUUUAGCCAUGGAGGCUAUCACUGAUGCUCAUGAUGAUGUUAGUUGAUCUGAAGUGAAAAUGUAAGCUUCUCUGUUAUCUAAAUGUUUGAUGAAUAUUUUAAUUUAUUUUAUUUGUAGGUUGUUGUUGUUUCUCUUCUACUGCAUGAGUCUGAAGAGAGAAAGCACCAGACCUUAUUUAGCAUAGAUUUGUGUAGAUUUUAAAGAAACCUGUAAUCACAUUUGCAUUUUUUUUUUUUUUUUGGCAGACCGAAUGUUAUUGUUAUAUAAUAAAAUAAAAUAAUCAAUGAGUGAGAUGAGAUUCAAACAAGGUUUGUGUGGAUGAAGUGAAUCUGUUAACAUUGAACAGACGUUACUGAUGGGAUGUGUGAACAAACUGAAGGUUUACAUGAUGAAUAAACUAACAUGAACAAAGUA